AGAAGCUUUUACACAAUUGGUCACUAAUCUGAAGACAAAAGUGACACAAGAGGAGAAAAAGCGUCACCCUGAAAACCACGUGAUUGACGUGGAUAAGGAUCGUCCCGCGGAAUUAAGCAGUGAAGAACGAGAAGUUAAAGAUGCCAGCAGUUAUAGUGGUGCAUGGUGGGGCGUGGGCUAUACCUAACAAUCUGGCCCAGGACUCUGUGAAUGGAGUGAAGGCUGCGGCACGAGAAGGGAUGUCAGUGCUGAAGAGAGGAGGAAAUGCAGUUGAUGCUGUCGAAGGAGCUGUGAGGACUUUGGAAAAUAACUGUGUGUUUAAUGCAGGUCACGGAGCAGCACUGAACACCAGAGGAGAAGUAGAGUUAGAUGCCAUUAUCAUGGAUGGAAGAACACUAGCCAGCGGUGCUGUGUCUUGUGUAAAGAACAUUGCAAACCCAGUGAUGGAGAAGGCGCGAGCAGUGAUGGAGAAGACCGUCCAUGUCAUGUUGACAGGUCAAGGAGCAAACAUGUUUGCAGAAAGCAUUGGUAUGAACACAGUCCCCACUGAAAUGUUGGUGACGCAGAAUGAGAGGAAAGAAUGGGAGAAACACAAGAAUUAUGUGACUGGAGUCAUGGAGGAUUUUAACUCUCAGUGGGCUCAUGACACCGUUGGGGCAGUUGCUGUGGACAGUGCUGGUAAUGUUGCAUGUGCAACAUCAACUGGAGGGAUCCGAAAUAAGAUGGUUGGUAGAGUAGGAGACUCUCCAAUUAUUGGCUGCGGAGGAUAUGCAGACAACUCCAGUGGUGCAGUGUCAUGUACCGGCCAUGGAGAGUCUAUUCUCAAAGUCACAUUGGCCAGACUUAUUCUGUCACAUAUUGAACAAGGUAAAUCCGUGGCUGAGGCUUCACGUGUGUCUUUGAAGUACAUGGGAGAUCGUGUUCAAGGGGCUGGAGGUGCAAUUUCUGUUUCUCCAUCAGGACAGUGGGCGGCGACAUUCACCACAGAGAGAAUGGCUUGGGCAGCAGUGCACAAUUAUACUCUGUGGUACGGUUUGGAUCCAGAUGAAAAUUUAAAAGAGCCAUUUACCUAUUAACUACUAAACAUUGGAUGAUGUCUUUGUUGCUUUAUGUAUCUACUACAUAUAUAUCAAAAUAUAGAGGAAAUAGAUACGUUUUUUUCUAAAUGGUCUAAUGCUGUGUCUUUUCCUUUUUAUUCAAAAUUUAAGUACAUGCAUGUAUGCAAUUAAACAAUUCACCAUGCUGAUCUCUCAUUAAAACCCAUUCA